AAAUUGUUGAAAUUUAAAGUGAUUUAUUUUUUAUCAAAAAAAAAAAAAAUGGAUGAUGAGACUAGAACUAGCAACAAGGAGGAGUUAAAGCCUUCUUAUUGGCUGGAUGCGUGUGAGGAUAUAGAUGAUUUGAUCAUUCCUGCUGGGGAUUUUGGUUCGGUUGAAGGUGGUGGUGGUGGUAGUUCGGAUGUGGGUUUGGAUCCUAGUUUUUUUGAUGGUGUUCUUGAUAGUAUACCUACGGUUGCAAAUGUUGUUGAUGCGGGUGAUGCUUUCAAGGUUACAAUGUCCAAGGUAGGUAAAGAUGAUAGUUAUAAUGGUAGUGGAAAGAGACGAGGUAGUGGGAGCGAUCGUGAUAAUCGAGAUAACGGUUACGAUACUCAAGUUGGGAAAAGGCCUCGUCUUGAGAGUGGUAGUGAUUAUAAGGAAAGAUUUAGUAGGAAGAGGAGCCGUGAUUACGAUUGGAGGGAUAAGGGUUCGGUUAGGAAAAAGGAGCAACAUUUUAAUGGUGGUGGAAUGAGGGGUAGUAGGGAUGUAGAUUGGAGGGAGGGAAGAGGUUAUUGGGAGAGGGAUCGGUUGGGGACGAACGAUAUGGUUUUUCAUCCGGGCCCGUGGACUGGUGCUUGUAAAACAGAUGUCAAGGCUUCUGUUGAGAAAAAUGUUGACGGGGAGUUAAAAAAGGACAAUGAGGCCAAGAAAAAAGUGCCGCAGGAGCAUGCACGAAAGUAUCAGCUCGAUGUUCUUGAACAAGCUAAAACCAAAAAUACAAUAGCUUUUUUAGAAACGGGGGCAGGAAAGACCCUCAUUGCUGUUCUUCUUAUUAAAAGCGUGUCUCUUGAUUUGCAUAGACAAGGCAAAAAGAUGCUGGCUGUGUUUUUGGUUCCAAAGGUGCCUCUUGUUUAUCAGCAAGCAGAUGUUAUUCGUGAGCAGACUGGCUUCCAAGUAGGACAUUAUUGUGGUGAGAUGGGUCAAGACUUUUGGGAUGCUAGGAGAUGGCAACGGGAAUUCGAGAAGAAACAGGUUCUAGUGAUGACUGCUCAAAUUCUUUUAAAUAUUCUUAGACACAGCAUAAUUAAAAUGGAAGCAAUUAAUCUGCUUAUUCUUGAUGAGUGCCAUCAUGCUGUAAAAAAACAUCCAUACUCUUUGGUGAUGUCGGAGUUCUAUCACACAACAACGAAGGAGAAAAGGCCAUCAGUUUUUGGAAUGACCGCCUCUCCUGUUAAUUUAAAGGGUGUCUCUAGCCAAGUGGAUUGUGCCAUCAAGAUUCGCAAUCUUGAAACAAAACUAGACUCUGUUGUUUGUACUAUUAAAGAUCGCAAGGAGCUGGAAAAACAUGUUCCAAUGCCAAUAGAAACUGUAGUAGAAUAUGAUAAAGCAGCUAGUCUAUGGUCACUACAUGAGCAGAUUAAGCAAAUGGAAGUGGAAGUUGAGCAAGCUGCACAAUCGAGUUCCAGGAAAAGCAAGUGGCAAUUCAUGGGAGCCAGAGAUGCUGGCGCUAAGGAGGAGCUUCGUCAAGUUUAUGGUGUCUCUGAAAGAACAGAAGGGGACGGGGCUGCCAAUUUAAUUCAAAAACUAAGAGCUAUUAACUAUGCACUUGGUGAACUAGGGCAAUGGUGUGCUUACAAGGUCGCACAGUCAUUUUUGACAGCCUUGCAAAGUGAUGAAAGGGCAAAUUUCCAGCUUGAUAUAAAGUUUCAAGAGUCCUACUUGAGCAAAGUUGUUGCUCUAUUACAGUGUCAACUAUCUGAGGGAGCAGUUCUACAAAAUAGCAUGGGUGAAAUUGAUGAGAAGGGGUGUGAGGCAACCUGCCUUGAUGAGAUUGAGGAAGGAGAGCUUCCUGACAGCCAUGCUGUAUCUGGGGGAGAGCAUGUGGAUGUGGUUAUAGGAGCUGCUGUGGCUGACGGAAAAGUGACCCCGAAGGUCCAGUCACUGAUUCAGAUACUUCUCAAGUAUCAGUACAUGGAGGAUUUUCGUGCCAUCAUAUUUGUUGAGCGAGUUGUGGCUGCCCUUGUUCUUCCCAAGGUUUUUGCAGAGCUUCCUUCUCUAAGGUUUAUUAAUUCAGCAAGUCUAAUAGGGCACAAUAAUAGUCAAGAAAUGCGGACUUCUCAAAUGCAGGAUGCUAUUUCCAAAUUCCGAGAUGGUCGUGUGACACUUUUAGUUGCCACUAGUGUUGCUGAGGAAGGUCUUGAUAUUCGACAAUGUAAUGUUGUUAUCAGAUUUGACCUUGCUAAAACUGUAUUGGCAUAUAUCCAAUCUCGGGGCCGGGCCAGAAAGCCAGGUUCAGAUUACAUCUUGAUGAUUGAGAGAGGAAAUUUGUCACAUGAGGCAUUUCUGAGAAAUGCUAGAAAUAGUGAAGAAACUUUGCGGAAAGAAGCGAUUGAAAGAACUGACCUUAGUUAUCUUAUGGGGACCUCAAAGUUGAUUUCCAUAGAGCCAACUCAUGGUACGGUCUACCAGGUGGAGUCAACCGGGGCUGUUGUGAGCUUAAAUUCUGCUGUUGGGCUUAUUCAUUUUUACUGCUCUCAACUACCUAGUGACAGAUAUUCAAUACUUCGUCCGGAGUUCAUUAUGGAGCGUCAUGAGAAGCCAGAAGGCCCUACUGAAUAUUCAUGCAGACUUCAACUUCCUUGUAAUGCACCAUUUGAAAGACUUGAGGGUCCUGUUUGCAGUUCAAUGCGCCUCGCACAACAGGCAGUUUGUUUAGCUGCUUGUAAGAAGCUUCAUGAAAUGGGAGCAUUUACUGACAUGCUCUUGCCCGACAAGGGAAGUGGAGGAGAAGGUGAGAAAGCUGAUGAAAAUGAUGAAGGAGAUCCACUUCCAGGAACUGCCAGACAUAGGGAGUUCUAUCCUGAAGGUGUAGCUAAAAUACUUCAGGGUGAUUGGAUUGUCUCUGGCAGAGAUGAUUGUGAUAACUCUGAAGUGUUUCAUCUGUAUAUGUAUUCUGUGAGAUGUGUUAAUGUUGGGUCUUCAAAAGAUCCAUUCUUGACUCAAGUUUCAGAGUUUGCAGUGCUUUUGGGAAAUGAACUGGAUGCAGAGGUGUUAUCGAUGUCAACGGAGCUUUUUAUCGCCCGAGCAAUGACAACAAAGGCAUCUCUUAUCUUCCGAGGGUGUAUUGAAGUUAAUAAGAGCCAGUUAAACUCAUUGAAGAGUUUUCAUGUAAGAUUAAUGAGCAUCGUACUAGAUGUGGAUGUCGAGCCAUCUACCACUCCCUGGGAUCCUGCCAAAGCAUAUUUGUUUGUGCCUAUCGGUGAGAAGCAGACAGAUCCUAUAAAAGAAAUUGAUUGGGAUAUUGUAGAUAAUAUUAUAAAAACACCUGCUUGGAAUAACCCACUUCAGAGAGCUCGGCCUGAUGUUUACCUUGGAACAAAUGAACGGAGCCUUGGCGGGGACCGCAGAGAAUAUGGAUACGGGAAGUUACGUCAUGGCAUGGGGGCAUUGGGACAAAAGUCACAUCCUACUUAUGGUGUUAGAGGAGCUGUAGCACAAUUUGAUGUUGUUAAAGCAUCUGGAUUGGUCCCUGAUCGAGAGGCUAAUGGAAUGUCAUGUAUCAUGGACAUGAAGAUAUCUGGCAAACUGAUGAUGGCUGAUUCUUGUACCAGUGCACAGAAUCUGGUUGGAAGGAUUGUUACUGCAGCUCAUUCUGGGAAGAGGUUUUAUGUUGAUUCUAUACGAUAUGAAAUGACAGCUGAGAACUCAUUUCCAAGGAAAGAAGGUUACCUUGGUCCACUUGAGUACACUUCAUAUGCAGAUUACUACAAGCAAAAGUAUGGAGUUGAACUGAUGUAUAAGCAACAACCCUUGAUAAGAGGCCGCGGGGUGUCUUAUUGCAAAAAUCUGCUGUCACCUCGAUUUGAACAUUCAGAAGGUCAUGAAGGCGAAUCUGAAGAGACUACUGAUAAAACAUAUUAUGUAUUCCUUCCUCCAGAGCUGUGUUUUGUACAUCCUCUUAGUGGAUCAUUAGUUCGUGGAGCACAGAGAUUACCAUCCAUAAUGCGGAGGGUUGAAAGUAUGCUGCUUGCUGUUCAGCUUAAAAAUGUUAUUAGCUAUACUGUUCCUGCUCUUAAGAUCUUGGAAGCUUUAACUGCGGCUUCAUGCCAGGAGACUUUUUGCUAUGAAAGAGCAGAGCUGUUAGGAGAUGCAUACUUGAAAUGGGUUGUUAGUCGUUAUCUAUUUCUUAGAUAUCCACAAAAGCAUGAAGGUCAGCUCACCAGGAUGAGGCAGCAGAUGGUUAGCAACAUGGUAUUGUACCAGUAUGCACUUACCAAGGGACUUCAGUCAUAUAUCCAAGCGGAUCGAUUUGCUCCGUGUAGAUGGGCUGCUCCUGGAGUACCACCUGUUUUUGAUGAGGACAUUAAGGAUACUGACUUUUUAUCUGAUCAAGACAAUAGAGAUCUAAAUGGGACUGUAAUAGAAGAUGGAGAUGAUGAUCUCGAGGAUGGUGAGCUUGAUGAGGGUGAUUCAAGUUCUUACCGAGUCCUCUCCAGUAAGACACUGGCUGAUGUUGUUGAAGCAUUAAUUGGGGUUUAUUAUGUUGAAGGUGGGAAACAAGCUGCUAAUCAUUUCAUGAAAUGGGUCGGGAUCGAGGUGGAUUUUGAUUUCACGGAGAUGGAAGGGUGUGCAACAUUGCCUAGCAAUGUUCCAGAUAGCAUACUAAGGAGUGUGAACUUUGAUUCUAUAGAGGGCGCUUUAAAUCUCAAAUUUCGUGAUAAGGGUCUACUGAUUGAAGCAAUUACUCAUGCUUCGAGACCAUCUUCUGGAGUUUCUUGUUACCAACGAUUAGAGUUUGUUGGGGAUGCGGUACUGGAUCAUCUUAUUACAAAGCAUUUGUUUUUUAUGUACACAGAUCUUCCACCGGGGCGAUUAACUGAUUUGCGAGCUGCUGCUGUAAAUAAUGAAAAUUUCGCACGUGUUGCUGUUAAACAUAACCUUCAUGUGCACCUCAGGCAUGGUUCUAGUGCCCUUGAAAAGCAGAUCCGUGAUUUUGUGAAGGAGGUGGAAACUGAACUGUCAAAACCAGGGUUUAAUUCAUUUGGUCUGGGAGAUUGCAAAGCUCCAAAAGUCCUUGGUGACAUAAUUGAAUCUAUCGCUGGUGCUAUUUUCUUAGAUAGCGGAAGGGACACAUCAGUUGUAUGGAAGGUUUUCCAACCUCUGUUGCAUCCAAUGGUGACUCCAGAAACACUUCCAAUGCAUCCAGUGCGGGAGCUACAAGAACGUUGCCAGCAACAGGCUGAAGGACUGGAGUACAAGGCAACACGAGCUGGUAACUUGGCUACAGUAGAAGUGCUCAUUGAUGGCAUCCAGGUUGGUGUUGCUCAAAAUCCCCAAAAGAAAAUGGCUCAAAAGUUAGCUGCUCGGAAUGCCCUUGCUGCUUUAAAAGUGAAAGAAACUGAAGCCAAGGAGAAGGAGGAGAAAGAAAAUGAGGAAGGAAAGAAGAAGAAUGGCAGCCAAACAUUCACCAGGCAGACUUUGAAUGACAUUUGUUUGCGUAGAAAUUGGCCAAUGCCAUUGUACAGGUGUGUCAGUGAAGGUGGUCCCGCACAUGCAAAACGGUUUAUAUUUGCUGUACGGGUAAAUACUUCUGAUAAAGGAUGGACAGACGAAUGUGUUGGGGAACCUAUGCCAAGUGUAAAGAAAGCAAAGGAUUCUGCUGCAGUUCUGCUGUUGGAGCUUCUAAAUAGGUGGUAUGCAUAAUUAUUUUUGUAAGAUUGGUUUUGAUCCAGAACUGUUCCAUUUGGAACAUCUGCUGAUUGGCGCUUCAGUAAUUUUAACUGUCUAUGUAUUCGAAUAUGACUUGUAUGUCAA